ACACAUGUACACAUUCACUCACUGGGGGCGUCCCUGCUGAAAUCAUAUUAGCUGCACACUCACCUAGCCUCACAAUUACACACACACACACACACACACACACACAGCUGCCAACAUGUGCCUUUCAGCAGCUUUCCUCCUGCUGACUCUGUGCGGUUCUUCUGCUGGUCAGUAUCUGUCCAGUUUCAACAUGAGGGGAGUCACCGGUCUGGUGCGGUUUGACUCCAUACAACAGACAGCCACCAUAAACGUCAGUGGUACUGGCAUAGAAACCUGUGGCUCCUUCAAUCUGACGCUCACAGAGUUUCCUGUAAUGUACGGUCAUGUGGCCCAGCCCUGCGAGAAAGCCCACAUAGGAGAGCGUGUGUUCACACUGUCCGUUAGCACUUCUGUUUCUGUAGUGAACAUCUCCCACAUGCUCCGGCAAACGCCCAAUCUGGAAGCACGCUCUUUAGCGGUAGAGACGUGUACUGGCACAAAGGCUUGCGCGGGCGUCAUAGCAGAGUCAAAGGUCACCACUUGGCAGGCUCGGUUCUUUAGUGUCGUGGCUGGGAAUAUCUACCUCCGGCAGAUAUUACUGCAACCAAGAGCCAUACUUCUCUCCAACCUGGUCAGUCUGAAUCAGAAUAGCUCCUCAUUUGCUAAUGUGAAUGUUUAUCUAUCUCAGAGUUCUGCUGCUAGCUGUGAAGCAUUGCUGGGCAGCCUGAACCCAAACAGUUUGAUAAAGUUGGGCCAGCUGAUGGUAGGCACUCCUCUUGAACCUGUCAAAUCCCGUUUAGAGAUCCCAUCUCUUGAUGCUGGAUUUCACUUUGCUCUCUUAAAUCUCAGCUCAGAGUAUACGUGUGCUGAGAUCCGAACCUUAGAACCGAAGGAGGUCAGUGCUCUGAUAGAUAUGAGAGGGGUCAAAGGUUCCAUCACCUUUCGCCAGCCGUCUCCUUUCGACCUUACAACUCUCUCCGUGAACCUCACUAACCUGAACAGAAGAGUUGGGCCGUACCAUAUUCAUCUGUUUCCCACCCCACAGAUGAGGUCACCCCCUGAGAGCACCUGCAGCAAUGAUAAUGUUGGCGGCCACUGGAAUCCCUUUGAUGUGAACACUCAGCCGUCUGUGUAUCCCCCACCCCCUGGCUCAACCCACGAUCGCUACGAAACUGGAGACCUCAGUUCCAGACAUGGAUUGUUAAGUAACGCAGAUGACAUCCAGGCGAGCUUCACUGACUGGAAUCUGCCACUCUUUGGACAGAACAGCAUUGUUGGUCGUUCUGUGGUUUUGCACCAGCCUGAUGGUACGAGGUUUAUCUGCUCAAGCAUUGGCUAUCCUGGGGAGGUGAUCACAGCCAGGGCCAUCUUCCAGAGCCCAGUGGUGGGGACGAUCCUGUUCACCCAGUUGAAAGGAAACCCUUACUCAGAUGUCUCAGUGUUCCUCGACUUGUCUUACGGACGACCAAAUACUCCUGCAACUCAGAAACACCACUGGCACAUUCACGAAUAUCCCAUCAGCACAGAGACAGACAGUGAUAAGGGUCGCUGUGGGUCCACUGGGGGACACUGGAACCCCUACAACAUCAACACCAGCAUAAGCAGCUAUAAAGUAAACUGUAGACCAGAAUGUCCUUUUGCUUGUGAGAUUGGAGACCUGUCCAGCAAACACACGAUGCUGAAUUUGUCACCAAAUGUAGGGAAACUACCUAGCAAGAACUUCUUUACAGAUACUACGGCCUGGGUGUCUGGACUGAGCAGUAUGAUUGGUCGGUCUGUAGUGAUCCACGGCCCUGACGAGGCUGGUCAUCGCAUUGCCUGCGCUAACAUCACGCUCCUGCGCUUCCCCUCGGCUCAGACUGGAUCCUGGCAAGGGUCAGGGUCAUCUGGGGGAAAUGUCCACUUCUUCCAGCUCUCUCCCCAGGGUCCAACCAACAUCCAUGUCUCUCUGACUCAUCUAGAGGCCAAAGCCGGUGGAUACCAUGUCCAUCUGCUCCCGGUAAAGAGUGGACCAGAGGCCUGCUCCAACGCGAAUGUCAUGGGCCACUUCAACCCGUAUGGUGUGAAUAUCUCAACGUCUCCAACACCGGGGAAUGGAACAGUGGAUCAGUAUGAGAUUGGUGAUAUCAGCGGGAAGUUUGGGAGUCUAGCUGAUCAGAACCAAUUCGAGAACCAUUACAAGGACAGUAACAUGCCACUGAGUGGACCCAACAGUAUCAUAGGACGAUCGCUGGUUAUCCACUACAGGAACGGAACAAGGAUGCAGUGUGCUGACAUCAGAGCCAUGAACUCCUCUGACGGGCACUGGAUCAUCGCCAAGGCCAUAUUCAACAGCAGUGUCAAGGGCACAGUAACCCUGUCCCAACAGUGUUUUCCUGAUGGCAGCUUCAGUGACGUGACCCUGCUGGUGGACCUCGGAGUGUCUAACACUGUUAAAGUCACAAACGCUUCCUGGUACAUAACUGAAAAUCCUGUCAAUGGACUUGUGGCUGGCUGUCCAGGAAAUGGAAGAACCUAUAACCCUUUCAACAUGACAGCUCAGAGCUCUAACUGUUCCCCACUCACCUAUCUGGCUUGUGAGGUUGGAGAUCUGACCAGCAAACACGGCUCUGUCAGUUUAACACAAAGGCAGCUCUUCACAGAUGCACAUCUUCAGCUGGCUGGAGACUACACAGUCAUUUACAGAUCGCUGGUCCUGAGGGCAGGAGAUGAGACCAUCGAUUGUGCGGACAUCAUCCCCGAGUCACCAUCUGCACAGCAAAUCUUCCCGAGCGUGACAUCAUUCAGCAGAUAUGAUUUCCGUAAAAGGGUGGCAGACGUUCUGGAGGUCCAAGUAUCCCGGGUGUCCAUCUUACCCGGUGCCCUCUCAACCGUGGCAGGAGGGAAGUGCCAGCAAGUCACGUAUCUCGUGUUGGGUGACAUGAGUUUGAAGAAGCUAUCUGCUGUGAAGGACAGCGAGUUGAUGGGCAUGUACAGGCAGACUGAACGGUGUAUGAAAAGUGGCGUUCCGGGUCUUCUCUCGUCACAUAGUGGAACCAUCCACGUAUUCUCCCUGGCUGCCGUUUACCUUCUCCAGUCUCUCAUUCUGCACUUAACGUCGCAGUGAGAUCAGCAGUGCCGAAUUUACUCUUGGACGAACUCUGGGAGUAUAGCUGGGAGGAAGCUGCACGAAGCUUGCCUAACUCUGUAAGGCUCUGUAAGUGUGAAUGAACUGUCUUGAGGUCAAAGAGCUCAAACUACUUUGAAUCAACUGCUGUAAAAUAAUACUAGAUAAAAACGUUGUUUUAUUGAAUGCAUCCUUUGUUUUAGUAUUACUAUCUGAACAGAACUUAGAACUUGAAUGCAAUACAUUUUAUUAUAUUGUUCGCUGAUUUGAUACAUGCUGCUGUGUGCACAUAUCUCUCUCAUGUCCAUGUGUUCACUGUAUAUUUGGUGAAAAUGACUUACUGUGUAUUUGUAUUUUUGAUGCUCACAUGAUUGUAUAUAUAUAUUGUAUUCCCCAAAGCCAAAAUGUCCUGGUAUAUGCUUUGUUGCACUAAUUUGUGAUUCAAAUGAAAUGAUUGUGUACUGAAUGAAGUGGUAUUCGAUUUUAUGUGCUUUGUACGUCUGCGGAUAUGUUGUGCAGUUUCUAUGUAGGUUCCAUGUAGCUUAGAGCAAUUAAAUUGCUACUAAGAUGGUCCUGAAA